AUGGCAAAGAAGAAAGGCUUGUUCACUGUAUUGAAAAGGAUUUUUGUUUCUGAAGCUAACUCAGAGAAGAAAGAGAAGAGAAGAAAAUGGACAUUUUGGAAGCUUAGGGUUAAGAAGAGAUUGCCUUCCAUUACAGCACCUCCAGAGCACAGGACGAUAGGCGAAUCGCUCGACGAACAUAAGGAGGAAAGUGUGUCUGAUGUAGGUGAGGUCAGCCAAGUAUUUUGUAGUCGACAGUUAGAUUCCAUAGAAGAGUUAAAAGAUUCAACAUCUCCAGAAACUUCUGAUCUGGUAGUCCAAUAUCAAAUGUUUCUAAGUAGAGAGGAAGAAGUUCUCGCUGCUACUCGGAUUCAGACAGCUUUUCGUGGUCAUCUUGCAAGGAAAGCUUUGCGUGCGUUGAAGGGAAUAGUGAAGCUUCAAGCAUAUAUCAGAGGUCGUGCAGUGAGACGCCAAGCAAUGACUACACUAAAAUGCUUGCAAUCUGUUGUGAACAUUCAGUCACAGGUUUACGGUAAGAGAACACAAAUUACCGGUGUUGCUCAGAGAGAUUACGAAGAGAGCAAUAAAUUUCAGAUAUUCAGUGAGAACAUGCUCAAGGUGGACACAAACAGUCAAAAGCGAUGGGACGAUAGUCUUUUAACAAAAGAAGAGGCGGAAGCUGUGGUCAUGAGCAAGAAAGAAGCUUCACUAAGAAGAGAAAGGAUAAAGGAAUAUGCAGUCACUCACCGGAAAUCCGCGGAGUCAUACCAGAAACGGAGCAACACGAAAUGGAAGUACUGGUUAGACGAAUGGGUAGAUACCCAAAUAACCAAGAGCAAAGAGCUUGAAGAUCUCGACUUGUCUUCAAAAACAAAGCCAAAAGACGAAACUUUGAAUAAAACUCCAAGGAACUCAUCGCCGAGAAGAUUGGCGAAUAAUCAUAAAAGACAUGUUUCGAUAGGUGAAGAGGAACAACAGAACCCCGGCGCAGGUGCAGUCACUACACCAACUUAUAUGGUUGCAACAGAGUCUGCAAAGGCAAAAUCAAGAUCUAUGAGCUCCCCAAGGAUAAGACCAAGAAGUUUCGACACACAGUCAGAGAGUUACUCGCCGUAUAAAAACAAGCUGUGCCUCACCACUUCGGUUAUGAGCGAAGCGCCAAGCAAAGUCAGGAUCGCCAACAAUGGCAGUAAUACUAGGCCAAGUGCAUACCAACAAAGGUCUCCAGGGUUAAGGGGAUUUAACAUAGGCCCUUUGAAAUCAUGCAAUAGUACACCACUGAACGAUCUCAGCAUUAAUUCGGAACGGUCUCUACCGAGCUGGAACAAGCAGAGUAGCUUGAGAUGA